AUGGCAGCAUUUGACUGGCGCAUGUCGACUUCCCAAGCAGCUCUUGCUGUAACGCAUGCCCUCGCUAGUCCUUUAAACGGCCGACCUUGCAGAAACAACUCUACCGUAAAGCAGGGUCAUCGGAAUCUCCUGUACGUAACAAAUUGGGGAAUCUAUGGUGCGGCCUACAACCCCAACAGCCUUCCUAUACAAGAUAUCACGCAUGUGCUGUACGCUUUCGCAGAUAUAAAGCCAAACGGAACAGUCGUCUCAUCAGACCCAUGGGCCGACACUGGAAAGCCUUUUGGCAACGAAAGUACUACAGAACCCGGCCAUAAUGCUCACGGCCUGGUCAAACAGCUCUACCUGAAAAAGAUGAACAACCGAAACCUGAAAGUCAUCCUCUCCGUCGGCGGCUACAACUGGUCCCCGAAAUUCGAACCCGUCGCCGCCGACAAGUUUCGCCGCGCAACCUUUGUUUCUUCCGCCAUCAAACUCAUUGCUGACUUUGGGAUGGACGGCAUCGACAUUGACUAUGAGUACCCUAACACCACUGAAAAGAACCAAAAUUGCGUAAAGCUCCUGUCCGAACUUCGCACAGGCCUGGACGACUUCUCGAGAAAAAAUGCAGGUGGGUACCACUUCACCCUGGGCUUUCCCGCGCCUGCAGGUCCUCAGAAUUACAAAGCAUUUGACCUUCAAGCGAUGGACAAAUCCCUCGAUUUCUGGUCACUCAUGGCGUUUGACUUUGCCGGUUCUUGGGAGAAUGUCACAGGCCACCAGUCCAAUGUCUUCCGCAGCAAGCGGAACCCGCAAAGCACCAAGGAGAGCGUCGAGAGGGCGUUCGAGGACUACGUUGAAGAAGGGGGGAUCUCACCUGCCAAGAUCAACCUAGGUAUGCCCCUUUACGGUCGCGCCUUCAGCAACACAAAGGGUUUGGGGAAAUCGUACAGAGGGCUACCGAAUGGCACACUCGGCCAGGCUGGAAUCUAUCUCUACAAAGACCUCCCCCAGCCCGGCGCGACGGUUCACUGGGACAGUGCGGUUAAGGCUACUUAUUCGUACAACAACGCGACGCGAGAGCUGGUGACCUUUGACGAUAUGAAGAGCACAAAGUACAAGCAGGCUUAUAUCAAGAAGAAGAAACUAGGUGGUGCCAUGUUCUGGGAGGCUACGGGCGACAAGGCGGGUGACGAGAGUCUCGUUCGAAGUAUGGCGAAGGGGAUGGGCAAACUUGAGAAGUCGCAGAACUUGCUGUCAUACCCGACUUCGCAGUAUGAUAACAUUCGCAAUGGGAUGAAGACAAACUCUACUUUACCUCGAAGCAUGACAUGA